AUGGGAGAAUCCAUGAAACAACAAAAAUACAUUGAUAUUGGGAUCAACCUCGGAGACCCUGUCUUCAGGGGCAAAUAUCAUGGCAAAAAGGUCCACGACGACGAUUUACAAGACAUCAUCGACCGAGCUGUUGAAGUUGGCUGCCGAAAGUUCAUGAUCACCGGGUCAGAUUUACAUGAAUCUCAGCAUGCCGUGGACCUAGCUCGCGAACAUACUGGAUUAUGUUACGCUACUGUCGGCGUACACCCAUGUUCCGCCAAACUCUUCGACUCCUAUGCCGGGGGAGCUGAUAAAUACCUAUCUGAGAUCAAAGCCCUCGCACUGACAGCUAAAGAAUCUGGCCAUGCCGUUGCCUUUGGCGAAAUAGGCCUAGACUAUGACAGGCUAUUCCUAUCACCCAAGGAUCAGCAGCUGAAAUACUUUGAGGCUCAACUCGAUGUCGCUGUCGAAGUACAGUUGCCACUUUUCUUACACUCUCGAGCAGCCAGUGAGGACUUUGAACGGCUACUUGCAGCUCGACUGCCGCAUCUACCCAAGGGAGGGCUGGUGCAUAGUUUCACUGGAACUAUGGAAGAAAUGGAACGACUUGUAGCGCUCGGUUUGGAUCUAGGUGUUAACGGGUGCAGCCUGAAGACGGAAGAGAACCUCGAGGUCGUCAAGGCGAUGCCGUUGGAUAGAAUACAGAUUGAGACUGAUGGGCCCUGGUGCGAAAUUCGCCCGUCUCAUGCAAGUUACAAGCACGUCAAGUCUACGCUUCCCAAGUCGUUCAAGAAAGAGAAAUGGCAGAAAGGGUGCAUGGUGAAGGGAAGAAACGAACCCGUGGCCAUUACUCGUGUCGCCGAAGUUAUCGCCGCCGUGAAGGAGAUAACCGUGGACGAAGUCUGUGAAGCUGCCUGGAAUAAUUCAGUUCGCAUGUUUGGAUUGGGAGAAGAAACCCAUGCUGCAGGAUCUCGCCUUGCCCUGCAGAUCGGCAUGCCCGUUCCCUAG